UCCGUCCACCUCUGCUUCUUUUCUUUCCUCAUCGUCUUUUUUUGAGUCUUCUUUUUCUUUUCUUUUUUUUUAAACAACCCUUCGCCAUCUUUAUGAACGUUUAAAAGCCUCCAGCUAUGGUCACCGCAACGUUUCUCGUCGGGAUGUUUUGAAAAAAGGACUGUCACCGGACUGGGAUCGUCAUCAGCUGGCACGGAAUGGUAUUUAUGAGCAGACAUUUCUUAUAUAACUGCAGCCAACCAAUCCUGGAUGUGAAGAUAGCCUUUUGUCAGGUGUGUGUUCCUUACAGGUAAAAAAGGGUUUUGGAAAACAAGUGGAUGUGUCAUAUAUCGCCAAACAUUACAACAUGAGCAAAAGCAAAGUGGACAACCAGUUCUACAGUGUGGAAGUGGGAGACUCAACCUUCACAGUUUUAAAACGUUACCAGAAUCUAAAGCCCAUUGGCUCUGGAGCUCAGGGAAUUGUCUGUGCGGGCUAUGAUGCUGUCCUAGACAGAAAUGUAGCCAUCAAGAAGCUGAGCAGACCCUUCCAGAACCAGACCCAUGCCAAGAGGGCAUACCGGGAGUUGGUGCUCAUGAAAUGUGUCAAUCACAAAAAUAUUAUCAGUUUAUUAAAUGUCUUCACACCACAGAAAUCAUUAGAGGAAUUCCAGGAUGUGUACCUAGUGAUGGAGCUGAUGGAUGCCAACUUGUGCCAGGUGAUUCAGAUGGAGCUUGACCACGAGAGAAUGUCCUACCUGCUCUACCAGAUGCUGUGUGGUAUCAAACAUCUGCACUCAGCCGGCAUUAUUCACAGGGACCUCAAACCAAGCAAUAUAGUGGUGAAGUCAGACUGCACCCUGAAGAUCCUGGACUUUGGUCUGGCGAGGACUGCAGGCACCAGCUUCAUGAUGACCCCUUACGUGGUGACUAGAUACUACAGAGCCCCAGAGGUGAUCCUAGGCAUGGGAUACAAAGAGAAUGUGGAUAUAUGGUCGGUGGGGUGCAUUAUGGGAGAAAUGGUGCGCCACAAAAUCCUCUUCCCUGGGCGGGACUACAUCGACCAGUGGAACAAGGUGAUCGAGCAGCUGGGAACCCCCUCACCAGAGUUCAUGAAGAAGCUUCAGCCCACAGUGAGGAACUACGUCGAGAACCGGCCAAAGUAUGCAGGGCUCACCUUCCCCAAGCUCUUCCCUGACUGCCUUUUUCCUGCUGACUCUGAGCACAACAAACUCAAAGCUAGCCAGGCCAGAGACCUGCUGUCUAAGAUGCUGAUCAUCGACCCUGCUAAACGGAUAUCGGUGGACGAAGCCUUACAGCACCCCUACAUCAACGUGUGGUAUGAUCCAGCUGAGGUGGAGGCGGCCAGAGAUCUCAUCCAAAUAUCCAUGCCUCCACCUCAGAUCUACGACAAGCAACUGGAUGAAAGAGAACACUCCAUUGAUGAAUGGAAAGAACUUAUUUACAAAGAGGUGAUGAACUUUGAGGAGAGAACGAAGAAUGGCGUUGUGAAGGGACAGCCUUCACCUUCAGGUGCAGCCGUGAACAGCAGCGAGAGCCUCCCUCCCUCCUCCUCCAUCAACGACAUCUCCUCCAUGUCCACCGACCAGACCCUGGCCUCAGACACUGACAGCAGCCUGGAGACCUCUGCAGGACCCCUGGGGUGUUGCAGGUGACUAGCCGCCUGCCUGCGCAACCCCAUGUUCUUCCGGAGGUGAAGAACCCAAACGACCGACUGAAAAUACGUUUAAAAAAGAAAAAAAAGGAAAAAGAGUAAAGAUCAAAAUAUAUUCAGAACAAAAAAGUUAUGGAAACACAGAAUCUGAAAUGAUGACAUCUAAAGCCUGUGCAUUGUCAUUCAAAAACAGCAGUGGUAUUUAAACUGAAGUAAAUGAGCUGAGAUAUAUGUUAAUGAUCCUCUAGUUGCUUUGCUUAUAUUACCCCACAUAUCUUGUAUAUGGCAUCCAAACAAAGACGACCAAAUGCUUCGACUUGCAUCUCCUGUAAAGUGCAUAUUGGCUGGCUGCUGGUCUCCCAAUUCCUUACAAAAGCAUUUAUGCUCCAAUCAUUGUGGCAAGGUGGGCUGCCAUUCUGCUCAUCACUAUUGUACAAUACAUCCUCCUCCUCCUCUUCUCCUCUCCAGCCCCUUAUGUAACGACACUGCUGUAUUUUAACCUCUAGGCUUGGUCUUAGACGCCCUCAUCCCCAAUCCAACACAACCCUGACGUAAGGUUGCCUGAUUCGUGUGUUUUUAUGUGGUUAUUCUGCAGGGAAAUGUAGUUGCUCUCACGCAGAGCACCGCUCCCUGCUCUACUUGUAAAUAAUGUAAUUCUGUACAGCUGAAGGGGCACACAGAGUGGGACUGACGGCCAGUACACUGGGAGUUUCUUUCUGACUAGCGCACCUUGCCACAUCACCGCUUUCCACCUCAGUUGCCCCCCCGCCUAUCGCUGUAGUCCUGCAUGGUUAGAUUUAAAACAAUGCUAAUCUCACUGUAUGCUAAAAUGAGUCUGUAUAGAGACUUUUGUUUAUAUAUAAACUAACUCCAGACAUGGGGGGGUCUGGUCACAGGAAAGGAUGAGUGAGUGUGAGUGUGUGUGUGUGUGUGUUUGUUAACCACAGGCAAGCCAUGAUGACAUGAGCAAAUGUCAGGGCUCGAGUUCGGGACUUAAAGGGUCAGUACACUCUGAGAUAAAUUAUUUUGAUUGUGCUCAGACUUCGUUAAAAUGACCUUUAACUGGGUUUUUAAAAAGUCUGAUUUGUGUGUAAUGUCCCUUUUUUUUCUCCUGGCUGUGUACGAUCGGUCCCUCCAUCACCCCAUGGGCUGGCCCACAGCCCUGCAUGUCAUUGUGUACCAUUAACCCCUCAUAGGCACGGGAGGUCGGUCUGUUUCACUGUGGCGUCCCCGACAGGGAGACGUUUCUUAUUUAUUUGACUGUGAGACACAGAAAGCUUUUAGAAAGAGAUGAAAACGAUGCAGCGGGAAGUUUAAAGGCGGGCGAUGAGUGUUAACCUCGUAGCAAUGUACAUCAUUGCAUCACAAAACACACAAAAACAAUAAAGAAGGAGCUGUAAAAGUUGCUACCCAACAGUUUUGCUGACUACAUUGUUUCUUAGCGGGAAGAUUUAUUUAUUGAUUAAUUUAUUUUGAUAGAUGGAACUUGAAUAUGGCAAGUGCCUUUUGGAAAGAAGCAUUGCAAGUGCAGAAAUUAUAUUAUUUUUGGUAUUUUUCCCUCUGCUUCUUCUUUUUCUGCCUUAAAACUAUCCAACCCCCCCAGGAGAGAAUAAAAAAACACCGUUGGGCCAGAUGUUGGCACUUUAUCUUUAGGUUCUAGGUGGUGACAGUGACAUUUUGUGGUGUGGAAUCAAAUUGCUUUGUUCAGAUUAUAUGGAGUAAGACGUGACUUGAGAGGUUUUCUGACAUUCUGCGUUUUAUUUAACGUCUUCUUUAAAGUGAAUCUUCAUCGUGUGACCAGAUUUUCUCAAACUGGGACACCAACGCACGCACAAACACUUACAUGCAUUCAACUUUGUAAUGUAAUCUGUUUUUCGCUUCACCAGGAGCCAGCUCAUGUCAAAACAUGCUAUAUUUUCACUACAGUUGUGAAUAUGCAAUGGGUGAUUGCACUUAAGGUGUAACUACAGCUUUCUUUAAUACUUCAGAUAAAAUAUUUUCCAACAAGAAGUAGAAGAUCUACAGUAUGAGUUGUUUUUUUAUCCUUGGUUUAAUAAUUCUCAUGUUCUUGGUUUCCACUGCCAUAUUCCAUGUUCUCAUGCAGGUUGUGUGGGUUUAUGGGCAAAGAACCAUGAACAGAUGCCGGGUUAAGAAAUCCAAUUUUACAGGCAAAGAAAUUAUUUCUGCUGUCAGAUGGAAAGACAUUCUAGAAACUGUGAGCUGUGUUUGUGUGAAGAAAACAAAAUCUAUGCUUUAUGCAUAAUAAAUCAGAUAAAUGUCAACAUACAAGUAAAAGGUAAUUAGAUACUGAAAGAGGCUUAAACUGUCCCUUAAAGCUGGGAGAGGCAGUUUUCUAGAAAAGGCACAAAAAAAUCAACACAAAACAUUUACUGUCAGAUUCUUAUCUGUUAGACUCUAUUUGAUAAGUCCAUCUUCCCUUUUUCUGCAGGAGUUUCCACCACAGAGUCAGGCUACCCAAAGUAACAAGCAUCUGGAGAAUAGCCCAUAGGAAUGCCCACUCUCUGAGAAUACCUUUUAUUGACCAAAGUCUCUUGUCACAGCUUAGAUUUUCUGAAACCAUAAAAACAGAGCCAAGAUGAGGUGAACAAGUCUAGUUUUCUCUCAGACCACUUAAAUUGCAACAGUUGUUUACAUAAACAAAUGUGCAGAUUCGCAUGACAAAAAAGCUUGAUGGAAACAACAAAAUUCAAUAAGAAGUGGAUGAAGUGGAUUUUGUCUUUUUGAAAAAUAGUUAUGCCACUAAACAGGAGAUGGAAGCGAUUUUUCCGAAUAAGUUUGGUCAAGAUGAGUUGACAUGAAAGAACAAUUUUAAGUUGCGAUCCAACUCCUGAAGACUUCUCUCCAUUUUCUCUUGUGAGUGCCAAAGUUGUCCGAUUAGCAACUUCCUCUUUGUUGUUGUUUUUUCUCCCUUGCAAAAUCUCUAUUUCUUCUCCUGUUAACUGACAGAUUAGCCUACAGCAAUACAUUUCACCAUCUUCUGCCAUUCGCUCUAAAACAGUUGAUAGAAACGUCCCCAAUAAGCAUUUCACAAAUCGCCAAAUGACACCAAAUUAAAACUGCCUACCCCAGCUUUAAUUAAAAAACAAACAGAGACAUCUGCUUGUGUCAAACAAGCCAAAACACCAUUUACAACAAUUGAAUAUCAAAAUAUUUCCUCCUUCAGGAAGUUGCAUGGCUCAUACAAUAAGUCCACUACUGUCGAAUAAAUGUUUAAUCCCAGUCAACACAUUGUUAAAACAUCCUUGGGAUGUAGUGAAGAAUUAUUUUCAUUACUGAUUAAUCGGCUGAAGAUAGUGGAAAUCAAACUUCUCUGAUGUCUUUAGAUGUCUUGUUGUGUCGGCCCAAAACCCAAAGAUAUUCAACUUAAUGAUAUGAAGCAGAGAAAAGCGGGAAAUCACCACAAUCAAGUGGCUGAAAACAGCAACUUUUGCAUGAAAAUUUACUUUUAAGUCGUCGAUUAUUUUCCGUCGAUGGAUUAGUCGACUUUCAGCACUGUGGACAUUUCACAUAUUUGUUUCUUAACAUGUCAUCUGACAGUCUAAGAGUAUCUCCAAGUCUGGUUUAUUUUAAUGCGUGGAGUCAUAACGCACCCUGCCGCUGUACAGAAAAUGUCUCCCCACAUAAAUGAUAUACAUAACUUCUAACAGCUACUUUGUUAACACUCUUUCUGCCUGUGGCUCAUGUACAGUAAACCACAGCACCUUCACAGAGCUGAGAGGGUCAGCGAGGGCGGCGUCUCCAGAAUAAGCUAUGGCUAGCUUGGCUUUCUGUUCAGGGUCUGGCCAGGGCAAUCUUUAAAAAAAAACAGGGUGCAACUUUUUUGAAAAUCUCUCACAAAGGGGUCUCAGUGUUUUGAGCCGACUCCUACAACCACAGAUACUCACAGUACUGUUGCAGAUAUUACUACAGGGGCAUUUUUAACCAUCACAACAUUAUCUGUCUUCUUUCUUUCUUUGAAUGUGAUCUUUUUUAUAAGACAUUCCUCCAGACAAUUCUGUUGUAAUAAAAAAAGGUGCUUUUGGUUCUUAAAUGCACCUGAAGUCGAGGUGAUUCCAACAGCUGGGUUGUCAGCACUGAAUGUAGAAAAUUAAUUGUUUCACUCACGUUGUUGCUGCUCUGCUUUGUCAUCAGUGUGUGUGUGAUUUCAGAUUAACCAGCAUUCAACACAAACUGUCUGUACGGUUGAAUCGGAAGAUGUGAUCUGGAAAUGUGGACAGAUUUAUUGAAAAGUUCAUGUUUUCACAUUUUUCUUUCACUGCAAAGGUUUUGUGUAGGAUUGCUUUCUAAGAAUGUUAAUGGAGAGUCGGUGCGGUCGUGUGUUUGGAAGUAGUUCAUGUGUGUGUUCACGUUCAGUCACAUAAACUUUAGAAUUAGAAAUGUGUCGAUCAAUCCUGCUCCUAAUUUUUGUCCCGAGGGAUGUAAAGUAAUCUCUCGUGGAUUCAGGAUUUAGCCAAAAUCAUGUCUGUUUGCCAUUUCUUUGUUUUUAUUCAGCCAUCAUUUUAUUGCCAAUGUGAAGUCACAAGUGAGGAUGCAUCUUGUACUCAGCUGUGCCAACGUAAAAUCUUUGGACUCAGUACUUGUGACCCCCAUUUUAUUGAUUUUCACCUUUUCCUUUCAAGUCAUAUUGUAAAUAACAACAAUCCAACAAUGCAAUAAACACGUUAUUGCACUCAGACAGGGAGGCAAGCUACUGCAAAGGUCAGGUGAAGCUACAAAUGUUUAGAGUCUUGAAAUGUGGAACUCUACAAUGAUGAAACCCUGUAUAGCUCAUCUGAAUCAGGUGAUGUUGUUCUCUUUGAUUCUUUUACGAUUUCCUUCUCUCUUCUUUCUUUUACUCCGUGCUGUUUUAAUGAAUCAUUCUUUUUUGACAUUGUCAGGUUUAAAAAACGAAAAAAUGAUGAAAAAAAAAGAGGAAUUGUAUCUGUUUCACGCUGAUCUCAAAGCUUCAGGCUAUAGCGUUUCAAAUAAAGUCAAAA